GAGGCGCGGAUGGCAUCCAGGCAGCAGUGUGAUCAUGCACUGUGCCUGAAUUAGUUUUUUUUUAAAAAAAUUUUUUUAGUUUUUAUUUUCUACAAUGAUGAGUUUUUAGCUCUGUAGUGGCACGUCGAGCGCAUGGAUGCACUGACACAGACAAGUAUCUGCGGGAUGAUCCACAUGUAGGGAUAUCCGGCCUGUAAAGCGCAUCUGAUAUACAGUAACUUCUCAUGUUUUCAGUCUCGACGCAUAUAUAUAUAUAUAUUUAAAACAUCCAGUACAACGUCGGUCCUUUGAAAAGGCGCAAAGCAGCGUACGCGUAAAGGAAGAAACGCUUGCAACGUGAAAGCAGACAAAGCAGAAUAAGAUAUUUUAGUAAUUUAUUUUGCUAUUUAUGUGAAGCUCUAAUUCAAACAAUAUAUGUUUGUAAUAUUUUUAGACAUAUUAAAUCGGUUCCCAUGGCGUUGCUCUAUGCUAUACCACACAUUUGCGUUUUCAUUACUUAUCACGAGAAUAUUAUGGCAUCAACCCCAUGUGGAGGAAAAGGUUUUUAACUAUUGAGACACGUGAUUUAAAUGUGUCCAGAAAAGGCCAUCAUUUGUUUGAGAUGCCACUUUCGUCUGCCCCUUUUGAAUCGGUUCAGUCUCCAAUCCAGACGAUGGCUAAUAGCUUUCACCUCACAGCAGGUGUUUUACCUGCAGACACGGACUGAGACGUCUUUUCAGUUUCCCCCCUGGCAAAUUCUCUUUAUUGAUCAUUUUCAGGCAAGUUUACUGACUGGAGGUGAGCAGGAUGGAGGCGGACACUUAACUUUAACACUUUAUUGAUUUCAUUAAUUGGAACUGGUAGAAUAUAAACAACAGUAAAGCAUCAAUUGCACCAAAAUCCAAAGAUAAAUCAUGAUUGACCUGAUUUAAUUUUGUUAUCAAGGAUAAAAUUGAAAAUCGAGUAUUUCUAAACUUCUCCAAAAAUUUUGGGUUACUAGUCUGAGCAUCGCUGCCACAUACGGCAUAUACGUUUGUAUAUAAUAGCUGCCUGUCUCUUUAAGACGAAGUGUUGAGAAGUUCAAGUCGGGGUCACUUGAAGUUCCUGCCCUCGAUUUUACCUUUUAGUUUUAUUAUAGACUGACAUCACACGGGGCGCUAAAACACUUAAGGCGCAUAGAGGCUCCAUUAUCAUCCCGGUGCGCGUUAUUGCUCCGACUCAAAAAUAGCUAAGGAAAUUACUAGAAAAAAAAAAAAAAAAAAAGGGAGGAAAAUGAUGCUGGUCUAAGCACGUAUAUUUUUUUUUAAAAGGAGGGGAUGAGGAGGAGGGGAGAGGAGGGGCAGAGAGACAGCAAGACAGAGAGAGAGGGAGGAAAGUGGGUGGGAGGACGGACCUAAGGAGCGAGAAGAAAUUCAUAUCAAUUAAUAAUCAUAAAAAAAGAGCUGGCAGACGCGCUCGGAAAACUGGCAUGGUUUUUUGGAGGCUGGCAGUUCAAAGCUGAAACGUCAGAUAUGACUCCUAGAGACUGCUGAGAUGAUCAUUAAGGGAGACUUAGAUCGGAUGGCAGAAGACAUCGGGCAUGCAGAUAUCUGUUUUUGCAGGUGGCGGACUGAAGACAAUGCUGGAUGCCAUGGAAGUUCCAAGUCAUGCUAGGGAUCUCCUUCUGCAGCUCAACAGCCAACGCACCAAGGGCUUCCUGUGUGAUGUUAUCAUUGUGGUGCAGAACGCCCUCUUCAGAGCUCACAAGAACAUUCUGGCUGCCAGCAGCCUCUACUUGAAGUCUUUGGUGGUCCAUGACAAUCUCAUCAACCUCGACCACGAGAUGGUGAGUCCAGGGGUCUUCAGGGUCAUUCUGGACUACAUCUACACAGGGCGCCUUAGUGAAGGAGACCCCACUUCCCCCACUGAACCCAAUCUCGGGGCUGUGUUGGCAGCAGCCAGCUACCUUCAGCUGCUCGACUUAGUGGCUUUGUGCAAAAAGAAGCUGAGAAGGAAUGGCAAGUACCCUCCCCGUCCAGGCCCUGCAUUUCUGCCCUACACAAAGAUGGGGCCCAAUAAUAUGGGUUUAGGGAGUGGCAGGUAUAGGAUCUCUACCCCUGUCAUUCAGCCCUGUCCUCCAGGAGGAAUUUUGAAUAGCCACGCAAACCGGGCACCACCACUAGAGGAGCUAGUUCCCCAUCGACUCGCCAUUCACAGCGGGGAAAUAUAUGCUCCCACCUCUGCCCAGGGCUCUCAAGUAUUCCCACCCUUGCAGCCAGCUCUCCCUGCCCAGCUUGGGCGCUCAAUGCACCCUGAGAGAAACUGCUCCCCCAACUAUGGCCUUGAUCUCUCCAAGAAAAGCCCCACCUCCCAGUCUCAGCUCACGCCCUCUCAAACCCAUCUGGCAAACACUCACAACGACGAGGAGCGAGAUGGGACUCUGAGCGACCGCACCAGUCCCAUGCAGGGGACGAACGGGAGAGCCUUCUCCUCAGAAAAAAUGGAGUCUUCUGACCAGGCAGGUUCCCUCACUCCUCCGCCUUUCCCCCAUCUCAACCAGCCUCUCGGCCCCCACCUCCCACACCUGCAUCGGUCAGGCUCCCACGGGAACGACCGCUACCCAUGUCCCACCAGCCCCGACACCCCCACUGAAGGCGGAGAGGCAGGCAGGGAAAUGGGCAACAUCUACCGCUGGGUGAAACACGAGCCGAUCUCCUACCCAGCUGAAGACGACGACGAGGACGAGGAUGAAGAGGAAGGGGGCGAAAAUGGAGAACAGCAUCACAAUCACCACAAGGCCGGGGAGGAGAGCGAAGGAGUGGAUGACAAGAGCGGGUCUGGCACGGAGGAGACAGGGAGCAGCGAGGGCCGUCCGUCCCCUACAGGACCAAUGGGGAGGUUCCACAUGCCGUAUGAGCCAGAGAGCUUCGGGGACAAUCUCUAUGUCUGCAUUCCCUGUGACAAAGGCUUUCCGAGCUCAGAGCAGCUCAAUGCACACGUCGAGACACACACAGAAGAGGAGCUGUACGGCAACUCUGGCGGGGAGAUGGGAAACAGCAAUAACAGCAGCACCAAAAACAUCACCAGUAAUACAAACGGCUACGGGGGCCUCAACACCAGCAACACUCUGAACAGUUUGUCUCACCUGGAAACCAAGUCCAACCAGGGCCUGAAUUCAGGGAGCAUCGGGGAGAUGAUCAGACCCUACCGCUGUUCCUCCUGUGAAAAGUCUUACAAAGAUCCAGCCACUCUGCGCCAACACGAGAAGACCCACUGGCUGACGCGGCCUUACCCCUGCAGCAUUUGCGGCAAGAAGUUCACGCAGCGCGGCACCAUGACGCGCCACAUGCGCAGCCACCUGGGCCUUAAACCCUUUGCCUGUGACUCCUGCGGUAUGCGCUUCACCCGGCAGUACCGGCUCACUGAGCAUAUGCGCAUCCACUCUGGGGAAAAGCCCUAUGAAUGUCAGGUGUGUGGGGGAAAGUUCGCUCAGCAGCGCAACCUCAUCAGUCACAUGAAGAUGCACAGCAGUGGGGGGACCACAGGGGGCCUGACCACAGAUGGGAAACUGAAGCUGGACUUUGCCGAGGGCAUCUAUCCUCUGAGUAAAUACACAGCAGAGCACUUGGGGCUGAAGCAGGAGAAGGCCAACGAGCUCCUCAUCCAAGCGCAGCAGCAACUGGUGGCUGACGCGAAGGUCAUGGAGAGCCUCUACCCGCUCUCCAAGCUGGCCUCGGAGCACCUGGGCCUCACCCACGACAAGAUGGACAUCCUGGGCCAACCGCUGCCUCCUCCUCCGCAGCCCCUCUCUGAUGCUCGCACCAUUGACCGCUACUCACCCAGCUAAGACAUGUGACAUGUAUAAAUGGCAAUCACCAAUAGGUCUGUGUGCACACACAAUUUGCAGUAUUCUAAAGCCAUUCACCUCAACUCAGUAUCUCCUCUGCACCUCAGACUCAGACCAAAAGGAACUGGUCUGCUAAUGCACACCAAACUGUGUAGACUGUAAGUGCCUUUCUAUGCAUCUAAUGUAUCUUAAAGUCCUCCUUCAUAAAGGAGCUUUGUGCUAUUACGUGACCAAGGGACACUCUCUUUAAAUAAGUACAGUAUUUAUGUACAGUGUAUACAAAGAAACUUUUUUUUUUUUUUAAUUCCAGCCAUUGAGCCAAAGUAACAAAUUGAAAACCAAAAAGGAAAUUGUUUUAUUUAUUUUUGUAUUAUGGUGAAAUCCAAAGAGAAACUGUUGCAAGGAAACUUUGCAAUCCGACCCUAAACCUGUGUACUAUUCAUCUUUGUACAACAAAUGAAAAAGCACAUAAGGACAGUAUUCAGGGUUUGUCCAGACCUGAGCAGAACUUUUUACCACAUGAAUAAGCCAACUCACCUGGACUUUAAAGUAAUGGGAGUAUUUUGUUUUCUUUACUUGCUUUAUGAUUUUCUGUGUUUUUGGGGUACUGGACAAUUUAUGUAUCUCACGCUCCGGCUUCUCCCCAUCGUGUGAAAUGACUGAAUGAUAAGAGCAACUGGCUCAGCAUUUCAGCAAAGUCUUCUCUGCUUUAACUUUCUCUAUGUUUUUUUUUUUUAAGUAUUCCACUCCCCUGCAUAUUUGUGUGGAUAAAGGCUCAUACUAUGUGACAGUAAUGGUAGCUUAAUGGCCUCAGCUUGCAACCCUUCCCGAGCUAAAACUUCCUUAAGAGUUUGACGAACAUCCCUUAGCUGUUGUUAUUGAGACACAGUGAGCACAACCCUGUGAUCUCACAACUGGGCCAUGAUUGCACAUACCCAACUGAUGACACACUAAUCCUUGUAAUCAUGACGAGUGUAGCCUCGUAUCACAGUGUAGACGAAGCAUGGGUGUUGCCUCUGACACCGUGUAAUAUUUACAAUUAUGGAUCGGGUUGAGCAGAGAGGCAGGGGCCAGGACAGAAUUAAUGACAAAGAAAUCAGUCAUUUGCUGAGAGGAGUAAUUACUUGCAUUCAUAGCAGGCUGAUGAUUAAUUUGGGGAGCUGCAGUAGUCAAAAGCCUUGUUGGACGCCUCUCCACUGCACUGUCCAGCCUCUCAUUUGACCUCCCUCCUCUGUAGUCUGUUGUCUGGGAGCCGUGCUACUGUUGACAGGCCAAAGUGAGUACUGUAUUCAGCCCUUUGCCUUAGAAGCACUCCACACACCGGAUGCAUACACUCUCCCCCUUGACAUACAAACCGAGCUGCUAAUCUGUCAGCGAUACGAACAUAAGAAGGGGUUUGUGGGUCUUCCCUGGGAGCCAGCGGGUGAACAGCACUCCCCAGCUGCUGUGCUCCAGUAAUCCCUGUGUAAUCUCACUUUCUCCUGGACAAUUCGCACUGCCUGCCGGCGCGAUGUCCCAUUUCAUGCCUGCCAUCUUACUCCUCUUAUCCACUUAUUAACAUCACAUCCCAGCCUAGCAAAUGUCUCCCGGCCUCGCCUCGCCUCACUUCCCCGGCUGGUAUCAAACGCGGAAACAAAGAAUGACAUAUUUCUGUGUUGGCUGACCAGCAGUUCCUCCAGCUUGAAAACAAAAGAGCACUUAAAGGUUGCGGGUUGAAGGCACAUUCUUGUCUUUAAAUGUUUAUCCCAAAGAACGUGUUGGCCCUUAUUGUUAUUCCUUUUUUUUUUUUUCCCCCUCCACUUUUACUAGUCCUUGAUUCAGAUUAGAAAUGUUUGACCACUAUAGUGCCAAUGCCAACCUCAGUGGGUGAAUGUGAAGACUAAAGCCAUAAAUACACUGUGAUAGACGUAGUGAAUCUUAAAGGCUUAAAAAAAAAAAGAAAAAAAAACAGACAAUGUGCCUUACUUAUGGAAUUGUAUUUUUUGAAAAUGUAACAAUAAUUUAAGGGGUUCUUUUCUGUAGCAUAUGAUCAUAUCAAACGUGGUGUUUCUUGAUACUUUCUUUUCUUUACUUCAUUUUAAUUUGAACUGAAAGCAGCGCACGUGAAACUGGUGCUUACCUCAGGACUGAACCCAGCAUGGGGAUGCUAAGCUUUUUGUAAAUCCUAGAUCAACAGUAUCAACAAACAACACACACAUACAUGCAUACACUCACAAACACUUUUUUUUUUUUUAAUUUCUUAUUAACAGGAUAGUUAGUCCUGUGUUAAACCUGUGGUUAUUUCUGUGUUUAUGCAUUUCAUGUUACAGCUUUAUGGUGGAGAGAUAACAUGUGAUAUUAACAGUUUUGUUUUUAAUUUCACUAUGCGGUAUGCAUUUUCUAAUGUGUCGUCCUCAAAGAGGCUUAUGUCGCUCUGACCAAUUAUAUUUGUUAUACCUUCAGGCUAAGUCAUUUUUAUCAGUACCUUAAGGUAAAGCCACAGUUUUCUAAGUAUGAUUGCAUUUGUCUUUGUUUUUAGUAACGCAUGAGUAUAAAAACGAGGUGACGAGUUUUGAAAAUGCUCAGUACCCACAAUACACAAUGCGUCACCAGUACUUCCUGAAACAGGCAAGCGGUGAGUUUACUGGUUGGGUAUGAAAACUAGUCCACUUUCAGAGUCAAAUGGAGGUCACAUGCAGGAAGCCACGUCGAUACGGUGCGUUAAAAAUACCUUAAAUGCAACGUUGGUAGUAAGACAGACUUUGUCCACAAACAUGUGAAUACGUGUUAAAGAUGGCGAAACAAGCGGAUGUGAGCCGUGAGAAUUUCAGCCACCUCGCAAUCUCCCAUUCGCAAGUCGAAAUAAAAAACGCGUGUUCUCGUUUUCCUUGCCAACUGCAUUAAAACAACACAAAGUGUUUCCACUUCAAAUCUGUGUGAGAGCGGAGAACCAGAUAAUGCCCGAGCGUUUUCUGUAGCAUGUGCACUGCUCGAAAUCCGCGUUAACUGCAUUAUAAUCCGUACGGCAGCAGGGAGGGAGGGAGGGCGGGAGGGGCCGUGCAUCUAUAGAGAGGGGAAGCGUUCGCUUGUCUGUUCGUGUGUCCCUUAAUGCUAUUUGAGCGGCCGUUAAUGCAUGUCCUGGGAAUAGUGUUGGUGUGAAGGAGAAGAGCUGAGGAGCAGGAAGUGAACUUUUGGCUGGUGUGUUGUGCUGAGCAGGAUGUGCCGUGUGUUUCUGCUCACAGGCAGAUAGAGAGAGACGGAGAACAGGGAGGGAGAGGAGCAGGGAGAGCGCAGCAGGGUGGACGCGAGCCAUUGUCUCAGUAUGAAAGCCUGUUCGUACUUCUAAAACUCUCCAUUCAGAAAACAAGUAGACUGUAUCUUCUCUUUUCCUUCCUCUUAUUGCUCUUUGGGAAUAAACCUCUGCUCAGUAUCACAGUGAUUGUGGGCUUUCAAGGGCUUGCACGGGCGUGCGAUCUGGACAGUUUCUUUACAGUUUGAGGCCGUUGUGUAUUCGCUCAUUUUCAGGUCACAAAAAUUCUAAUAUAUUUACAGUAUACUCUGUAGAUAUUUUAAACAAUUUUUAAAAAAUUCGGGCAGCGCCAAAAAAUAUGAAGAGAGAGUGCAAUGUAAAUCACAAUUAAAAACUGGCAGUAUUUAUUUUCCCCUGUGCUUGUUUCACUUAAUGAAAUUAGAAGCAUCUUGUUUCAAUUUACUGAUGCAGCCACUCAAACCCCUGGGCUGACACGCCAAACCCAACGCCACUAAAGUGGUUUACACGAGGAUGUUUAUUAGUAACAUUAAUUAAUGUAAUGGGAGUAAACGAUUUCAUAUAUAAAUUAGUGCUGUAAGGCAAACCACCAGCUCUGAGAUGUGGGUUGCGCUUUAUUUUUUAUUUUUAUUCCUUUGCUCGUUUCAUUCCUCUCUAAUGUUGUUAUGGCAACCAUCCCAGGCCCGUAACUUUUGUAACACUAACAAUAUAGAAGUUAAAAAAAAAAAAAGGAAAAAAAAAAAAAAAGAGGAUCUGGACGACGGCCAGCGGCGCCGUGUAGACCAAAAAAGGGUUUUAAUGUUAAAAAUGCAAAGUAUGAAUUUAAGCUUUCUACCAGAAGCAGCGGGGCCAAGGUCACCUAUGUGACUCUGACAGGCUGGAUAGUCUGCAAUCAUAGCGCUGUUUGACAUUUAUUGUAUUUCACUGUGUGUGCCAGAGAGACUGAAGCACUUAGCAGACGUCGCGGACUCGGCGAUGGUAUUCGUAGCUUCUGACCAACUUUGCCUUGUUUUAAAAUCCAUUAUCUGCGCGGCUAAUGAUGAGGGCACAGUGCAGACAAGCCACUAUUGUACAGUACAUAUAUUUCUUUUUACGAGGAUCCGUGUUUGAAUGUAAGCUACAGCUGAGUCAAUAAUACAAUAACUAAGCCUCACUCUGGCUUGAAAAACAAAAGCUGACUCUUGAGUGAGCCGGUGUAAAUUGCAUGCAAAGGUUUUCCGACGUGUCCGUGUAAUGCACCUGUCUAUCUACAUGUUUGAAUGCCUUUCCCACCGUGUAGCAGAGUAAAGUACAAGGGAGAUAUCUGACACUUUCAAGAGUCUUUAUUACACGCAGCUGCUUUAGAUUUAUUCCUCUGAACUGCACUUUUCUGGAAAAAUCAUUGUAUUGUGAUUUUUUUUUUUUUUUUUUUUUUUAUUACUCCCCUAGAAGUCCCACAAUUGCUUUUCCUCUGGCGCUUCACAUUCAUCCUCUUCCUCCAGUUCGGAGCUUGGCCGCACUCGUUCGUAGCCCUCAAAGCACAGCUUCCCUCGUCACCUCUCCCUGUCCCCUUCUCUCUCCUUACACUUAACAAGAACCGCUGACCCAGAGGGCCCACCGCCGCCCACCCUCCCCCCUCUCCCUCCCCUCCCUCCCUCCCUCCCUCCUCUCCCAUGAUCCACUUACUUCCAGCUGUUUUUCAUGCUGGAGAAGACAGUUGUCUAAAUGUUUAUGUGAAGAGCUACUUUCUUUUUCUCUAAGCCCUGAUCAAUUUCCAAAACGAACUUCGUGGCAUGUGUUAAAAUACAAGGGAUGAUGGGCCAAAAAAAAAAAAAAAAAAAAGAUUAAAAAAAAAAAUACAAAAGAAGAAAGAAAGAAAGAAAUCUGACAUAGUUAUUGUUUUCUGAUCCCCAAGCCAAGAAACGGCUUACAGAGGGAAGAUUAAAGACACCAUAUUGUUGUAGAGGAAAUGCAGAAUAAUGUGAGGGGAAAUGUUCGGCAAAAAUAUGCUCAGAAAGAUGCCAGUAAAGUAAACACGUAUGAAAUUGCACAAUUGAGUCGGGCCUCGGCUGCACGGGCCAAGUCAUGCGCUGUGAUGGAGGGAACAAGUAUGGGAGAAGGAAAAGAACCAGAAACAGAGAGAAAAAUAGCUUGUGCUCGAUAGUCAUAACCUUCAGUAAAUAACAAAGGAAAACUGGCUGCUUCUCCUCACUUCUCUUCUCCCCCCCCCUCCGUCUGUGGGCCUUCCUAUUUAAAUUCCCCUCUUUUUUGGCAAAUUACCUUUGAGGAAAUGAUUGUCUUUUCAUUGUCGGUUGCUGCAGGUCGUUGUCAGGAUCUUAAUAUUAGCGUUCAUGUCAGCGUGCCCUCUGAGAUGACAUCCUCUUCCCAGACUUAACAAUUGUCACCCCAAUCAGCACAUGACCCACAGUAGGCUCUUUGUAGUCGAGUAAGCGAAGGAGGUCUAGUUCAGGUCGCCGCUUCUGUCUCCACGUCGAACACAAACAAACUAGUCGGACGCAUACAGCCGAACAUGUGUACGAGCCCCUGGAGUUUAAAUGCAAAGAGAAACAAAGAGCGAGGGCUAACAAGCAGGAAUAUGGAGGAGUGAAAGUAAAGCAAAAAAAAAAAUAUCCGACUGUCCCUCCAACAGCUGGAUGGCAGACUGGUGCUCCACAUUAGGUCAGAUUUAAUUAGUUUGCCUCGCUCCGUUUGGAGUGUCGCUUCUCGUAGAAAAAGCCAUCUUUAAAGCGAAGGCGACUCCGCUGAUGGCUUCCACUCGACACACAAACCGAAACCUGUGCCAGAAUGAAACAGAGCCUCAGGGCGCGCUCUCACACACACACACACACACACACACAAAAAAAAAAUCGAUUUUAGUGUUAGAUCUAGAAACGACGUAGUGAGGAGGUUGAGCAGUAACACACAAACGGCCACGCACGAGUAGUGAGCGAGCACACGAAAAAAAUACGAUAUCACACAUUCAGCAGAAGGCAGGCUCUCAUUUCAGCAGACGUGCCUGAAACAUCAACAGCGUCAAGUGUUUUCUUUUUGUGUUUUGUGGCUUUACCACAGUUUAUACCGUAAAGACAAUUAAAAAGCAAUACUUUAAACCAAAACAGUAUUUUUUUUCUUCAUUUUCUCCAUUUCAGUGUCAACAUUGAGCUUACUUUGCUUUAGUGAAAUGAAUGUAUUUAUUGCAUGUCAAAAUGUUUUAUAGUUAAUUUUUUUUUCUCUGUGUACAUUUCAAUUGUGUGUCUUUUUUUUUUUACAAUAAUUUCUUUUAAUUAUGGUGUUUUUUGAUAAAAUCAUGUCGAUAAGGCUUUUAUUUUUUUUAAAAGCCAAUGUGAAAAAUAUUUUCUUUUGUUUGUUUUUUUGUUUGUUACUAUACUCAAAAUCAACUCGGCAAUAAAAUGAAUUGCAUAAUGGA